CCUCACGCAAACUAUGUUUGCACAGGCAGUUGACGGGGCAUCUUUCUGCUGGUUGCCAAUCAAGUACCAAAGGAUUACCUAUCUCAUCGUCAACACGAUCUUAAUGAUCAUCCAGAUCAUAGGAGGAGUCAUGAGCGUCGCGCAAGGGCCUGUUAGCGUUGUCGCAACGGGAGCAAAAAUUUCAAUUGCUAUGUUUAUUACCCAGCUUCUCUUCUGGGGCUUUACGUUUGCGGAGAAUAUCUACAUGACAUCUCGACUAGGUCGCCAUCCCUCAGAAGCCAGUCGAGAGCGAAUUCCGAAGUGGAAAUACUGGAAUCAACUUUUUGGUCUAUCGAUAUCCAUUAUUGCCUUUGGACGUAAUGUGAUGCGAUUGACAAUGGAUGGGGGUGUGGAAUUUCUCAGUGUGAACGAGUGGCCUUCUUACGCAUUUGACGGGUAUCAAAUGGUUGUCGUCAUGGGAGCUUGGGCGAUAUGGUACCUGCCGGGAAAAAGUAAAGAAGUUAUUCGCAAGGGAACUUAUAUUGAGCUAAAUGGGAGGGUUUGAGGUUACGAUGUACG